UUUCAAGAUGUCAGCGCCCUUAAAAUAUUGAAGUUUUGUUACAAAAUUGACAAUACUGAUGAUAUCCGCAAAUAAUGUCUGAUUUCGACGACAGAAGUGGUAUUGUUUGUUGCAAAACAGACUGGGGGCGAUGGUGGCAAACGAUGGAUGAAGUUGUUGUCGAAGUUGAUGUUCCAGAAGGAACAAACGCCAAAAAUAUCAAGUGUGAAAUAAAAACAAAAUUGGUCAAACUCUCUUUACAAGGAAAUGUAAUAUUUGAGGGAGAGUUGCCUGCUGCUGUGAAUAGUGAAGAGUCAUUGUGGACAUUAGAAGAUCGAAAGUUGGUAAGAAUCUGCCUGGAGAAAUGUGACAGGUCUGCAGAGAACUGUUGGAAGACGCUACUGCUUGGAGAAUGCACCCCAGAUGCCUGGACACUAGACCAGAUGCAACGCAAGCUAACCUUACAGAGAUUCCAAUAUGAGAAUCCUGGUAUGGACUUUAGCAAUGCAGAGGUAUCGGGGAACUAUGCCAGCGGUGGUCCUAAGUUCCCAUCCUGAGAAAGAAUAGUAUGGAUUUGAGCUCAAUACUACAGAUUGUAAUCUGCUAUGGGAUCCAGGAUUCAGGAUUCCCUACAUGAAUGAAUCAGGCUAACCAUUGUCUUGAAAUGAACACACAUAUUCUGUGAUUCUUCUCAAGAGCUAUCAAAAUCACUACACAUGCAUGACAUGAUAGUAAAUAUAAUAAAUAUAAAGAUACUGAAGAAUAAUUCACUUACUUGUAUUUGCUUUGUGCACCUACAUGUAUAAGGAAAAGACAAGAUUGAUAGUGAACUUUAUACAUAAACAAAUGUCUUAAAACCUAGGUUUCACAUGUACAUGUACAGGUGCUUUAAUAAAUGAGAUAACUAUCAAUGAAAUAUUGUUCACCUUAAUCUUUUGAAUUGAAAAAUCUUGAGCAAU